AAACGUGUACCAGCUGGAUGUAAACCUUGGGAUGCGCUACAGCCGGAUCUACGCAUUUGGCUUAGAUUCUUUGAGCUUUAAAUCAUGCCAAGGUCAUUUGAGCUUGGUCAUUGGAAGCAUUUUGAAUAAUUUUGAGCUGUUUGGCAAUGGAAAAGGACCCUUUCCUUUUUCCACCAAAGUGUAGGUCAUACAGUUGACUCUCGAAGUUCAGCAGAUUCUGACAAGUGAGAUGUUUGAAAUGCCUCGCUCCUUGCUUGGUUGGUGUGUUUAUAGGUGCCGUAUCCACAGGUAUGUUUCCUCAGGUAGGCAGGAAUGUGUUCAAGGAAAACUGUCGCCUCAUAUAUAACUAUAGAAGCUAUUAGAAACAAUAAGCUACUAGUAUCAAGUGCAUCGCUACUAGUAACAAGUGCCUUACUAGUAGUAACAAGAAGCUAUUAAAAAGGAUGUUCUUACGAGGUAGUGCGCAGGCUUCGCAGAAGCUACCGCAGCCCCCUCCGGCUCUAAGCUCCGGGGGUGGGCAGAGCGAAUGAAGCAGGUGCUGCAGGUGCGCCUCUUGGUACUGCUGAGCAGCCUGGCGAAGGCCGCCAAGCUGCACCAGGAGGCAGUCAGCUGUGACUCUUUCCAAUGCAACUUAGAGCAGGGCUGGGCACCACGGCCAAAUCGUUCAACUUUGCCUGGGAACAGCAUUGAGAAGUGCUGUCGACCAACUUGCAAGCGAUGGACCUGUAGUAAGGGCUACAAGGCGCAUCCGGACUACUACAACAACGUGGCCUCCUCCAACUCUGCAUGCUGUGACCGUCUUUGUUCGACUGUGCCCUGCAAUGCAAGCUUUGGAGUUCCGACGCGGAUGAGGAAUGUGCCUGGCAAGACCCAUGAGGAGUGUUGCAAACCGCUGUGCUCACAGCACCUUUGCUUCGGCAGUUGGGCACCGGACCCACGGAAGGCCCACCAGGCCGGUAGCAGCAACGAAGAAUGUUGCACUGCGUCCUGUGCCGCGCUGGCAUGUGACGCCUCCAAAGGGUACAAAUACUUCUUGGAGCGAUAUGAACGGGCACAGCCAGCCAAGAAUCCGACGGAUUUCUGUUGUCAGAAGACCUGCCCCUUCUACCAGGAGCACUGUGGAGAAGGCCGAGGAAUGAACCUGGCUGAUGAGUCCAAGAUGUCCAUGACGGUCACCGAGCGGGACUUCCAGAACAAGUGCUGCGAGCCCAAGUGCUCCAGUGUGAAGUGCCAGGCCGGAUAUAUCUUGGAUCCGACCUUCUUGAACUACUUGGUGUCCAAGAUUGCCCAUGGCAGCGAGGGCUGCUGUUUGCCCACCUGCAAAGCCUUCGAGUGUCCUGCAGGCUGGAUGAAAUAUCACGAGGCGGACAACUUUGUGUCACCGUACUUGACAAAAGAUGAUUGCUGCCUGCCAACUUGCGCUGUCCACAAGUGUGGCAAAGGAUGGUUCACUAGCACGGUGCCCACGAAGCUGGCAAAGGUCUCCCGCUCCGACCGCACGUGCUGCGAACCCAGUUGCGCCGCAGCCGGGUGUGCUGCAGGUUUAGUUUUGAAGCCCAAUGCAUUCAACAUCUCCAGUGGCUCUACAUGCUGUGAGCCAGAGAUGUGCCAGGAGCUCCGGUCGAAGAGGCAACAGGUGAAGUAUUGUAACAGCGUCGCAGAGGAGGCAAAGUGCAACAUGUCGUACGAUGUCCAUGACGUGAACAGGUGAGAUGACCAGGUGUGUGAGUCCAAGUAGAGGGCAGGAGAGGGAGACUGAAUGCAGGUUCAGUGUGGCACCAUGUGCUUGGAGUUCUGAACUGAAGCUCUGUUUGAUGGACAGCACCUCCGUGUUGACGGACUGCGGACCGUUGUGAGGUGUAGAGUACUCGAUGUUGAGCUCGUUCGGCAGUCGGGCAACAUUUUGAGCCUACGACGAAAGCGAGAUCACGUCCUA